AUAGUUUGUUUUUAAAAAAUAUAUCGCUACAUAUUCAACUUCCACGCAGUUAUCGCUUACACGCGACAUAAGCGAUUUGAAAAAAAAAAAUUGAAUUCCUCGAAAAAUAUCUGAUGCACAAACAUGAUUUUCUGCGCUUUAUUCCGAUUAGACUUUAUGCGAUAAGUUUUUUGAAAUACUCUCUUAUAUAGCUUUUGGUUGGUGGAAGAGAUUUUUAUGAGAGCAGAUUUUCAUAAAAUUUUUUGUGAAGCGGGAUUUUUAUACAAAUCCGUGAAUUUUACCAACAGUGGAUUAUCAGUGAUUUACGUGUGUGCAUAUGCGACGAAAGUGAACCCCUAUAUAGAUAUUAUUAUUAUAGCUUUCAUGGGGUCUCUCUUUUUACAGUAUUGAAGAUUGAAGAGGAAGAGUUUCCUCUGAAUACCCGAAACCUGAAUAAUAACGAAUAAGUCGUUCCACCAAAAAAAUGUGGCGUUCUUAAAAAAAAACAGAGGGGGAAACAGAAAUGGGAAUGUGGUGAUUGUGGUUGCUCGCGCAUGGCGGACAACUCGCGACAAUACAAAGUUUAAUUUUCUUCUAGUAGAUAAUCAAAAACAAAAUUAUACCAUAGAAAAUCAGCCGGAAAAGUCAUCGAUAAUUAUGAUUAAGUACACGGGUAAUUAACGUGUCGAAUUCGGAACUCAGUGAUGCCUGGUUUAGAGGGAAGAAUUUUAUACGAUACGAGUCCAUCCGCGCACGGCCUAAUGUCCGAUGGAGCCGCCUCCGAACAAGUGAAAAAAUUUUUUUUCACAUCUCAACGUUCACGUGACGAAAAAAACGAGGAUUCGUUGGAAAUUUAUAUUCCUGAGCUUUUACAGGCAAGUUACAGUUUCUAUACGUGGCCCUCAGCUCCGGUACUUGCUUGGUUUUUAUGGGAGCAUAGAGAAGAUCUGAUAGGAAAGAAAGUUUUAGAACUUGGUUCUGGAACAGCAUUACCAGGAAUAUUAGCGAGCAAGUGCGGAGCUCAUGUGACCUUGAGCGAUUCGGCAAGUUUACCUCGAAGUUUACAACACAUAAGGCGGAGCUGCGAACUUAACGAAGUUUCAUCUCAGGUGAAGAUUGUUGGGAUAACCUGGGGAAUUUUUUUGUCCGGAUUAUUCACAGUUGGACCCCUAGAUUUGAUUCUGGGUUCAGAUUGUUUUUACGAGCCAGCUGUCUUUGAAGAAAUAAUCGUAACGGUUGCAUUUCUCUUGGAGAGAAAUCCCAGUGCAAAAUUCCUUUGUACUUAUCAAGAGCGCAGCGCUGAUUGGUCGAUCGAGCAUUUAUUGAAUAAGUGGGGCUUGGCUUGCAAUCAUAUUUCACUGAAUGGUCUGGGAGAAGAUUCGGGGAUAAAUAUUCACGAUUUGAUGCAAGAUCACACGAUUCAUUUAUUGGAAAUCCGGAAGAGUUAAUUCCUGUAUUCAGUUAUUGUCAUGGCUUCGACAGCAAAACAGUUACACCGACUUUUCGUUGGUAAUUUGCCAUGGACUAUUGGCACUCCUGAGCUCAAAAAUUAUUUCUCUCGGUUUGGAUACAUUGCAGAUGCAAAAGUG